AUGUCUGAAUCGCGUUGGCUGGAAUUGACAGAUCUCUGCGGAAAGAUCGGAUUCUCCACCUCGAUCUUCUCAAAUUCCCUUCUCCUCUUUCUGAUUUGCGGUCCAAAGACAACAAAUCGUCAAAUCGGAUCCUACCGUAAUCUACUGAUCUUCUUCUCGAUUUUCACGGUGUUCUAUUCGUGCGUCGAGAUUUUGUUGCGACCGUUGAUUCAUAUUUAUGACGACACGUUGUUUUUGAUUCAACGAAAGCGAUUUGAGAGUUGGGGGAAGUUGGCAACACGUUUGGUGCCUAGUGAGUGGUUUUCCGGUGUUUUUGAGCCAAAAUUCAAGAUUUUUGGUGAAUUUUGACCCAAAAUUCAUGAAAUUUGAUGAAAAAUCGAUAAUUUCGAAGUCCUGGACGUAUUUUUAUUUGAAAAAUUGCAAUUCCCGCGUCCAAAAACGCAACGGAACCGCGGAGCAUCGUUGUUUUAUGAAAUAUUGCAUUUUGAAGGGUUAUAGACCAUAUUUUUGAAUUUACAACGCAAUUUUCAUGAAAACAACGAUGCUCCGCGGUUCCGUUGCAUUUAUGGACGCGGAAAAUGCAAUUUUUCAAAUAAAAAUACGUCAAGCACCUCAAAAUCGAUAAUUUUGAGGUCCUGGAGAUAUUUUUAUGUGAAAAAUUGCAAUUCCCGCGUCAAUAAACGCAACGGAAUCGCGGAGCAUCGUUGUUUCCUAAAAACGCCGGGUUUUUGGUGAAAAAAUUUGAACUUACCAUUUUGCCGCUCUCAAAACCUAGUGGAAUUGCGGAGCAUCGUUGUUUUUAUGAAAUAUUGCAUUUUGAAGGGUUAUAGACCAUAUUUUUGGUUUCACAACCUGAAAAAUAGCCUAGGAUGCGAUUUUUGGUGAAAAACAACGAUGCUUCGCAAUUCCGUUGCAUUUUUGGAGCGGGAAAGUGUUUCCAGAGUUAAAAUUUCGAGGAAAAAUCGAUUUUUCAGCAGAAAAGCGUUGGAAAUGGCCUAGAAACCCAAAUUUUCAAGUUCCAGGCUCAAAAUUUCACCAAAAAUCUCGAAUUUUUGCUCAAAAACAGUCCAGAAUUCAAAUUUCGCGUGAAAAAUCCGAUUUUCAGCCACCUAUUGCGGUUGCUACGCGAUGAGCUUCACCAUUUUCGCCCUCCAAUUCACGCAUCGCUUCAUCGCCACCUGCAAACCACAUUCCUUGCAUUAUUUCGACGGAAAAUGGUUUUUCGUGUGGAUUUUUGCGGCUUUUUCAAUUGCGUGCAGUUGGGCUGCCGCCGCAUUUUUUCUCUUUCCACAAACUGCACGCACUUUUGAGAGCUUUAAGUUUGUGAUGAAUCAUAAUUAUGGGAUUAAUGAGAGCCUGGCUGAUUAUGUUCCGUAUAAAUAUGUGAGUUUUUUGUGGGCGUGAUCGCUGGCGCACAUUUAAAUAUGCAAAAAUAGCUGUGGAGAGAACGGCGCGUGUGUGCGAGUGGUCUAAGGCGCCGUCGCCACGCGCAAGGUCAAGGGUUCGAGCUCGGCGUGAGAAUAUUUUUUUUUGAAAACAAGGCGCUGCACAUUUAAAUAUGCAAAAAUAGCUGUGGAGAGAAAGGCGCGUGUGUGCGAGUGGUCUAAGGCGCUGGCGCCACGCGCAAGGUCAAGGGUUCGAGUUUUGCUCGGCGCAAAAAAUUUUUCCAGUUCUACUACGAUGAAUUAGCCGUGAAAAAACCAGAUAUCAAAAAUAUGCUCGGUGUCUGUCAACAUCUCCUAGUCAUCCUAUUUUCCUAUACAAUUCUAUUCUACUGUGGCACUCGAACCUAUUUGGAACUCCAGAAGUUCCGAGGAAUCUCCACCAAGACUCGUGACCUACAACUCCAACUUUUUCGCGCCUUAGUGGUACAAACUACGUUUCCCAUGAUAUUUAUGUAUUUUCCGACGGGUUUCAUGUUUGCUUGCCCGUUUUUUGGCCUGGAAUUGGGUGCGACCACGAAUUAUCAAACUAUUGUUGCUCAACUUUAUCCCGGAAUUGAUCCGUUGAUUUUGAUAUUUUUGAUUGAUGGAUAUCGGAAUACGAUCAAAAAUUGGAUUUUUUGCCGGAGAAACGCGUCUCGCGAAAAUUCGAGCUAUCAUGAGAAAAGUCGACGAAUUUCGCCGUCGGAAGCAACUAAUUUUUGA